CUAUAAAUUGGGGUGAAAAAGAAAUUCCCCAAGCGGUUCCCGCAUUCUCCGGCGAGCAUCGUCUAGGGUUUCUUUAUCGUCGUCUCCGUGAGUCUAAAACUGCGUUCAAGUUCUCAAAGUUCUGUAAGAAUGAGACCGGUGUUCGUCGGGAACUUCGAAUAUGAUACUCGCCAGUCGGAGCUCGAGCGAUUGUUCAGCAAGUAUGGGAGAGUGGAGCGAGUGGACAUGAAAUCUGGAUAUGCUUUUGUCUAUUUUGAGGAUGAACGUGAUGCUGAAGAUGCCAUUCGUGGGCUUGACAAUACCCCUUUUGGAUACGAGAGGCGUAGGUUAUCUGUCGAAUGGGCCAAGGGUGAACGUGGUAAGCCUCGUGAUGGGAGGUCAGCUGUAAACCAGAGGCCUACUAAGACACUGUUUGUCAUCAACUUUGAUCCCGUUCACACGAGAGAACGUGACAUUGAGAGGCACUUUGAGCCGCAUGGUAAAGUUCUGAAUGUCCGUAUCAGACGCAAUUUUGCAUUUAUUCAGUUUGCAACACAGGAGGAUGCUACCAAGGCCCUCGAAUGCACACAGAGGAGCAAAAUACUGGACAGGGUUGUAUCGGUGGAGUAUGCGUUACGGGAUGAUGACGAGAGAGAUGAAAGAUAUGGAGGGAGUCCGAGUAGGGGGGCUGGAUACGGGAGGUCACCUAGCCCGGUGUACAGGAGGCGGCCAAGCCCUGAUUACGGCCGUCCACGCAGUCCAGAAUACGACAGGUACAAGGGUCCAACGGGAGGUGUUGAAAGACGUAGGAGUCCAGAUUACGGACGGAGGAGUCCGGAUUAUGGUAGGGCCAGGAGCCCCCCAGGUUAUGACCGAUACCGCAGCCGGUCGCCUGUUCAAAGAACGAGAGCAUGAACACGACGAUGGAUGGCAGAAGGGAGGGCAUGCUUCUCUGAAGGAAAUGGUGGGGUUUUUUUUUUAAAGUGUUAACGGUGUAAGAAUAUUGGGUUUCGUCUAACCGUUGUUUGUUCUGGGUUGAACAUACGACCUUUUUUUUUUUUUUUUUAAAAAACCCCCUUUGCAUAGCAGGCAACAUGUGUAGGAGAUGUACUUAUGGUUUGUCUUGUGUGACGAAUGUGAUCUUAUCUCCAUGCUCUCGUGUACACGCGCC